CGACGUCACAGAAUCCAAGCUGCUGAUAUCGAGUGACGAAUCUCCGCGAUUUAAACUCCCCGCAGCAGCGGUGGGUCGCAUUGACCCUUCCCGCAGCCAUUGUUCCCGCCGCCGCCGUCGGUGGCCUCACAUUCGCCGUAGCAUUCGCAGCGCGCGCGCGCCGCAGUGAUGUAACAGGGACUAGAAACACUCGCGGCCGCUUUACCUCUCCAAAUAAAACCCAAACUGCUUUAAAACAACGACCUAGCAUAGAAGAAAACCUCUCUUCCGUUUGGCAUUUCGUUCCACUUUCAGGUGUGGAGGUGGGAGACUCAUGGAGAAGUCUGCGCCUUCAGAGGGAGCGGCGCCCGAGGAGAGAAAAAGCCUCGUAGAGGCGGGCGGAGUUCCUCAGGGUGCAGAAGGUGGAGACAUCAAUCCUCAGAGCCAGAGGAAGCGUAGCUCUUCUCGCAAGAGCUUUCGUUUAGACUAUCGCCUAGAGGAGGAAGUGACAAAAUCGGCCCAGGACAAACACGGUCGCUGGAUUAACCCCUGGCCGACAUGGCGCUUCCCCUCCCACUCCAUGCUGUUCAGGUUCCUGUUUUUGGACAAAAAUCAUUCUGAUGUGCCAACAAGUAAAGAACAUCAUUUUGUCCCACAGGCCCUGGAUUGUGCGCUCCCGGUGAUGGAGCCAUACUUUGUUCAAAACCCACAACCUUCAGACUCUCAUCCAGGAAUGAGAGUCACCUGGCUGGGCCAUGCAACGGUUCUGGUUGAAAUGGACGGGCUGACUAUUCUGACAGAUCCAGUCUUCAGCCAGAGAGCGUCUCCGCUCCAGUUUAUGGGGCCCAAACGGUACAGGGGCCCCCCCUGCACCGUGGAACAGCUGCCAAGGAUCGAUGCAGUGGUCAUCAGUCAUUCUCAUUACGAUCAUCUGGAUGUGGGCUCUGUGGCGAGUCUCAACGCACGCUUUGGAGGGGAUUUACGCUGGUUCGUGCCCCUGGGUUUGAUGGACUGGUUGGCAAAGACGGGCUGUGAAAAUGUGAUUGAGCUGGACUGGUGGGAGGAGAACUGCGUCCCCGGUCACGACGACGUCACGUUUGUGUGCACCCCCUCGCAGCACUGGAGCAAGCGCACACCGUGGGACGACAACAAGACUUUGUGGAGCAGCUGGUCUGUUCUGGGCCCCGACCAUCGAUUCUUCUUUGCUGGAGAUACCGGCUACUGUUCGUCCUUCCAGGAGAUUGGACGCCGUUUUGGACCUUUUGACCUUGCAGCGAUCCCCAUCGGAGCAUACAAGCCCAGAGAUGUGAUGCAGGGACAGCAUGUGGAUCCAGAGGAGGCGGUUGAAAUUCAUCAGGACGUUCAGGCCAAACGGUCUGUAGCGAUACACUGGGGAACAUUCGCCCUGGCCAAUGAGUUCUACCUGGAGCCACCUGUUCUUCUCAGGGAGGCCCUGGAACGGAAAGGACUGAAACCAGAGUCUUUUUUCACAUUGAAUCAUGGGGAGUCUCGGCUUAUAGCUGCAGAUGAGGGAGACGUGUUCGACUGAUGCCUUUGCAUCUGUGACGGCGGACUCUGAAGAAAGCACACAAAGAAUGUUCACCACAUCCAAAUGGACGUAUUCAAGAUUGUACUCAAGAACUCGGCUUAUGCCAAAUAAAAUAUAAUCAGUA